UGAAUAUUUAUUAGAGUAGCAUAUAGCCAUAUAGUAGUAAUAGAAAGGAUUGGUGGAUUUUUGUGAUGAUGUGAUGCCUCUCUCUCUCUCUCUCUCUAUCUCUGGCAUCAAGUAAUUAAUUAAAAGAUUGUACAGAGGCAGGAGAAGAGGGGAGCAGUGAAGUGAAGGACUGAACCAUGGAGGAAGAGAAAGAAAUAAAGAAUGAAAAAAAGAAAGAAGGGUCAAAGGGGGCAUCACCACACCACAGAAAACACAACAGAAGGCAGCCCAGACCAGACCAGACCAGACCAGACCAGACCAGUAAUAUCAAUGGGGAGCUAUGGAAGGAGUAAUGGGGUGAGGCAGUAUGUGAGAUCAAGUGUCCCACGCCUUAGAUGGACUCCUGAUCUUCAUCGUUGUUUUCUUCAUGCCAUUCACACCCUUGGGGGCCAACACAAAGCAACUCCCAAAUUGGUUCUUCAAUUGAUGGAUGUUAAAGGCCUCACCAUUUCUCAUGUCAAAAGCCAUCUACAGAUGUAUAGAAGCAUGAAGAAUGAGGUCAACAGACAAGACAACAGCAUUGCACAGCAAAGGAAACUGUCCUGUGAAGAGGAUUCAUUCUUCAUCUCUCCUAAAAGGGCAAGAAUAGAGAAGACAAGUUGGGUGUCUGAAUGCAGCCAAAGAAGACAGUGUGGGGCAGUCACCAGUCCGUACAGUGAUGAUGAUUACAUGCAGGCUUUUGCUGAGAAAGGUGGAAUAAAGGAGAGGGAAAAGAGUGUUUUCAGAGUUCAAAUUCAAGAAAACCCUCAAGACAAUCAAAACCCUUCUGUCAAUACAGACUUUUUCAAGGUGGAAGAAGAUCGUGGCGAAAUCUGCAAGUCUGGGAAGAAUGAAGUAGUAGAGGAAUGUGAGCUAUCAUUGUCAUUGUCUAUGCCUAAUUUACGCCAUAAUCAUCUUUCGGUCCAGAGAAGCAAUGUGUCUUCUACAAGUGAGAUUAGUGAAGCAGCUACUACUACUUCAUACUCUAUUAGGUCAUCUAAUUCUUCCCAAGAAUUUCAUGAACUUAGCCUAGACCUCACUAUUGCUCUAAGUGGUGCUUAGCUUGACUUUGCACUGUUUCCUGAGAUUAUAUACUUUUUUUCAACCAGUGUUCUAUUGUUUAGAGAUUGAGAAAAAAAAAC